GUGCGAUGGUCAAUAGGGGCGAUGAAAAUAGAAGUAAAUGAAAAUUUGGGACAUGAAAAUUGUUUGUAAAUAGGAUUCCAAAAGAAAUGUUCAUACAAAACCACUGUGUCGUCACAACCAAUAUUCCAUGUUUAAAAAUGUGAUGGAUACGUGAAUACGCUAUACAAAAUGGAGAAUUACACCGGGUCCUUGGAUCCGGUGGCUGAAAGAUGGAACUCUUCAACGAUAGACUUCGCGGAGAUUACCAUGGACAGGAACUUCGCCCUGUUGCUAGUCUCCUUAAUAUCGGGAAUGCUUUGGAUAGUUUACAUAACUUACUACAAUAGCCGUGUAUUGGGCUACGUACUGACGAGGCUUGUUAAUAGGUUUUACUUUCAAGAUGAUAAUUUCAAAAUUGGUUCUUUCACCCUGAAUGCUCUAUCUGGAAAGAUUAUGUUUCGGGAUAUUGUCUAUAUCAACUAUGAUUACACUCUGCGGGUUCAAGACGGUUACUUAAUUUUUAGAUGGUGGAGGUCAUAUGUACCAAAAGAUGUUUCUGAAGAUCUCUCUCAUUCUGACACCCGCCUCUCUAUAAUGUUGAAUGGCUUUGAAUUACAUGUUUAUAAUAGAUGCGACCUCUACCACGAGUUGGAAAAGAUAUUUGGUUUAGAUCCUCUCAUUAAACAGCCACACGACGACGACUCCACUGACCAAGAUAAAGCCAUGAAUGAUGCUAAUGAAAAAAGACGUCGGGCUCAGGAAGCAGUGAGGUCUGAAGCAGCAAUGGCGAGAACUUGGCGCGAUCUCAUCCCAGUUAUAAAAAUAGAUAUUUGUACUGGUAGAGUUGUCUUCGGCAAUCGCUUAGUACCAACAACAUUAUCUAUAGGUGUAGAAGAAGCACACUUAAUGUAUAGUACGAAGCCACCUGCAUCAAGCUUAGAUCACCUUAUGCAUUUUGUCAAAGCGAAAGCUGAGAACUGUAAAGUGAUUCUUGCUCCAAGUCCAAACUACACAUCAAUGGUUGAUGAACCUCCUCGAUACAUGGGCGAGGGUUUCGUCGUCAUGAGCUCAAACUACAUCGAAGUAUAUUUCUAUAUGGACGAGCCUGGUUUAGUUCCUGAAGCACCAGUAUUAUUACAGUUAGCAAAUGGUGAUAUUGUAGAGUCAGCACCUCCAAUAUGGGGCGUUGAUAUUAAAUGUGGUAAAGGUACCGACUUUAGUUACGGUCCGUGGGCCGAUAGACAACGAGACAAUUUGUUCAAAUUUUUCUUUCCACCUAAUUAUAAAAAUUUAGAAGUUACUCCACAACCGAAGGCAGGGGAUAGAAGACAAAUGCAGUCUUUCGAUAUACGUCUAUCUACACUUAACGAAGCGACAAUUGAUAUUCUGUUCACGAAAAAUAAAGAAACGAAUGCCGUACAUAUCAACAUAGGUGCUGGUUCUUAUCUUGAAGUAACAUUGCCUUGGAUAGUGCUGCAAGAUGGAUUCACGACGAAAAUAACUGGUCAACUCCUGCAUCUGGAAGCGACAACGAGUUUGCAGUAUAGAAGUUUAGCUGAAAGUGAAACUUUGGAGUACACUGUGAAAUGCCAUUAUCCGCUUGUUUGGAAUCAUCAUCAGUGCUGGCAACUGUCUUUGACCGGUUGCAAAGCCACUGCCCAUUUUGUCUACACACAUAUAGAUUUCUUCCAAGACCUGACCAAUGAUUGGGCGAGCAAGGCACGACCUGAUAUUCUGCAUUUUGUACCUUAUACAUGGAAAAUAUCACUUCUGCUCAAAGAGUGCGAAGUGGUCACUGUAAGUAAUCAGCAUAAUUGGAUCGACUGCAGUUCUACUAACCAAGAAAACAAUCACGUCGCGUUUUGUGGUGAUCUUCUAGAUGUGUCAUUCGAUCUUCCAUUUGUAGAUUUCCUUCCUGAUGUUAUCCCGUUAAAAAUAUGGGUGCAAGGGGAAGCAGUCGAUAUGAGUUUAUACUUGCCUGAAGUGAACACAUCAAGGUUACUUCUCUUAUCAAUUGACAAGAAUAUGAAGUUAGUCCCAAGUCGGUUAAGAGCAUCAAAAUGGCGAAGGAAAUGCGUCAAAUCUCAAGGUUGGGUGGAUUGUUGGUCGGUCCCAAUUGUAGCCUUGAGCGUGCGAUAUAACUACCAUCCAAUACCACCACUCGGUCCAGAACCCCAGGCGGACAUAACCACACCAGAAAAGGAAGAGAUUCUUCUAUCUCCCAUGAGGAUACCCAGAAUACGAAAGCAGCCGCAAUUAAAUUGGGCUAUGGACGGGAGUAAUUUCGAUAGAACAACCCUGGCCCCUGAUAAAGUCAGUGUUGAAUUGGAAGUUGGUCCAUCAGUUCUUCUGGCCUAUGGGACGAUUAUCACAAGUUUCAUGAACUUAUUGGAAAACAUAUUCGGCGAAGAUCAGACAUUCACGGAUAUGCAAAAAGCACCUACAACUGGCACUUACUACUGGGCAAGCGAUAACGCUACGAAGUUAAAUGAUAGAAGCAGUAUUAACCAACACUCUGAAAUUUCUAUGGAUGAUUCCACCGAUUCGAGCAAAGGUCCGUUCGAUCCAAGAAAGUGCCGACCAUUGGACGUCACAGUCUCCAUAAUAAUACACGAUAUUCAGGCGCAUCUUGUAAAAAAUUGCAGUGAAAAUGAACCAACCUGUCCCGUGGUACUCAUAGAAAGGUUCGGUUUUGAAAUGGACAAGAAGUUUAGAGAAACAAAGCUUCAACUUCUAUUGAGUCCGUCAAUUUUAAUAUCUGCAAAUAAUCUGUCACGGCCCAAUGUAAACGGUAAUACGAAUUCAAGUGCGCUACAACAAGGCCAUAUGAUGUUAUCAUCGUUUCAGCUGAGGGGAAACGGAUUCUUCAGUGAUACUAAUCGUGGGAUAGAAGAUGAGACCGUUGAGUAUGCCUGGAUGAUGGAACUUCAGCUAGGGCAACUGACCGGUCGAAUGACAUUACCGCAGCUGUAUCAAGUGGUUUCCUCAUUAGAGACGUUCUUACUACUCAUUUGUGACAAUGAAAAUGAAUUAAUACCACCAAAUUCCGUUAAGCAGUGCCAUCACGGACUCAAUAACGUUCUUUGCCCCGAAACCGAUAUUCCGUUGAGAUAUAGAUGCCCGACUCCAAACGAAAUUAAAUACAAAAUGAUACGAGUUGCGGUAGACCUUGUAGAUUUGUAUAUUGCCGAUUCAAAUACAACUCUACAAUCGUGGAUUUCCCCGAUUCGAUUGUCAUUCUGCAAUUUACAUGGCUCAGGAUGCGGGACAGGUAUAACGGGCCUGCUUCCCAAUAUCAAACUCGCUCUCUACACACAAACAAACAUGCAAACGAACACCCAUCAUAAUUCAAACGGUAGUAACAAUAGCCAAAGUAAAUUACCGGAAAGUGAGAAUUGGGUGGGCGUCGGUUCCAUGGCUCUGGGUCCCGUGCUGAUAGAGGCCGCAUCAUCAUUACCACAAAGCCCUAAAAACAUUCACUUGGUCCAACAGAAGUUUCUAAAAAUGCACGACGAAAAAUUUAAACGAUUGUGGUUCCUUUGGCCCAACGAUGGAAAGGGCUCCCAGUGCGGCUGCAAUGGUGGAUGUGCAUUUUUUGGUUCGAAUAGAAACGGAACCAACUUCUUCAAACCUAGUCCUGCAGAUAUUAACGAUGGCGUCAAUAUAGCAAUGUUCAAUGUGAUAGAAACAAUUCCCGGGGAAUACGGCUACGGGCAGAGCCUCUUAAAUCCCGGUCAGUUGGUAUUCCAUACACCGCCUUAUAACAGUUUAAAUGUAUGCUUACAACCAACAAAUGUCUCGAUGCUGGUACCUUCGCCGCUCCCACAAAUUAUCAAUAAAUCACCACAAACAGCCGAACGUCGAAGCUUAACACGAAGAUUUUCGUACACUAGCGUCAAUAAAGGAAGCAAUAACGUUUUAGUAUCAAGCACAAAAAGCGAUGUUCCAUAUGCUCGUCUGGUGGAUUCGUCAGCCCCAUUAGGCAGUUCGAAAAUUGAUAGUGACUCUAAAUUAAACAAAACGAUACUCACCGUACCUCAGCUAGAAAGCAGUGUAUCAGACUCUAAGUUGGCGUUAAGCUGUGUAGUAAAAGAUAGCCCAAACAUUGCAAGUAAAAGACAUCAUAUUCAAGGUGACGAUCACUUUACAGUACCAAAAGUGCCUCCAAGAAAUGUUGCCGUAUCAGAAUCUCACUACUCGCUCAACUCUCAACAUCAUCCCGAUGAGCCUACGCCUCUUCAAGUUCAAAGAACUAUGUCGAUCACAAGUGAGAACCAUUCUGAAGCAUUCUUCUCGGCUGAUGAAGAUAUGUUCCCAAGUCGCUCGUCCAGCUUAAAGCAUUCAUUCGGUAGUCGACACAGCAAUCCACGAGACAAACAUUCAUACGCAAUUAACGAUGUUCCGACGGAUAAAUGGACUGGAUCAAUUCCUAGAUCGGAGAUGAGAGAUGGACCUGAUAACAUCAGCACGAUAAGUGGAGUUCAACCGGAUUCCGAAAGCGGAUCCGUUUCAUCGACCUCAUUUAUAUCGGCGAUUUCUUCCCAAGAAGAUAUGACUCUAGUGAACCUUCAUAUGCAAACAAAUAAGCCGAUAGUUGAUUCCCCAUUGCUCAUGUCGAGUUAUAUGAACAACUUGCCUCAAUAUAAAUGUGUCAAUUGGUCGUCUUGCUCUUUGCCGUGUGGCAAUGAUCUAUUUACCUUACCCCUUUUUAAGAGAGCUGAAGAUGGUUCUCUGGUAUAUGUCGGCCAAAAGUAUUUGCCUAAUUUUGAAACUGUAGGGAAAGUUAAUAUUUUAAAACUGAUAUCGAAGAGCAAUCAAAGCAAUCAGAAUCUGCAUGGACCUUACGCCAAUUUACCGCCCCAUUUCAAUUCCCAAAUAAAGACCCAUCCCUACCCACUGUCGUGGUGGGACUUGCAGCAGAACACGCAAGAUAACCAAGAAAGUAACGAUAAAAGCACACCGUCUACGCUAACCACGUCAAGUGAUAGUAAAGAUGGCUUAUUUGUCCGACUUCGCGGCGAAAUAGACGUGAUGCUAACCCCGCUGGUGCUAGAAAGUACGCAGAAAUUUGUUGAAUCAAUCACGCCAGUACUGGCCAACGUACACCCGAUCACAGUUAUAAAUCACUUGAGGCUUUUGUGCAUAUCUUCAGUUGAAUCUUCAAACGUCCUGAAGCAAAAGCAACACGUACUCAACUGGCUGCCGCAGAUGCAAGCCCGGAACGAAUCCAGUAUCAUUAUAGAUAAAGAUGAUAAAUGUAAGCUGGCCACGAUACCUCAAUCAAACGUAUAUGAAGAAACAAUAAAUACUCAAAUCCAAGCAACGGUUACUGUACCAAAAGUGAACGUGAUUUUCAUUCAAUCAUCGGUAGUUGAAGAUAUGAUUUCCUUCUCUGCUUUGGAUAAUAUCCAGGAUUUGACUUGCGUGUCGCUGUUUGGGGUUUCCAUGGAGAAUAUUGUGGCUAAAUAUGUCAGUUCCAGAAAGACAUUGGAGUCGAUACAGCUGUACUACAGACCGACCUUACGGGCGUUAGGUAGUAAGAAGUCUUUUGGUAUCAUGAAGGGUCCGAGGGCCUUAAUAUCUCAAGCGGCUGGUCGCAAGAGAGGACCGGAAAAGGGAGAACCAGUUUUCAUUGAAAGUUCUCAGCAGCAGUGUGAGGAUACAAACAUAACGCUCAAUGUUGGUAAAGUACACGGGCAGUUACGGCGUAUUCGUAACGAAUCGUCACAAUUGAAAGACGCAACGAUAACAGGGAUCCCUUGUCAGCAUUCUAAAGUUGCCUUCAAAUUCGUGAGAAUCGAUAGUUCUAGAGGAUGCGAUCCUACUCUUCCGCAAAAUGGACCUCCAGAAGGUCAGAAAGAGAAUUCCAUAGGUUACAUUAUGUUCGAAUGUGGAUUGGAAGGUGUCUCGGUGAAGGUCUCCAACCAUUCUGCAGCACACAAGCCGAACGAGGAUAAAAAGCCGCGUCCUGACAGCGAAAGUUGUAGAGAAUCCGUGAAAUCGGCAGAAGAGACAAAACCAGAAAAGGAAAAGUCAAAAGGGAUCCGGACGUCCGGUUUCGAAGAGUUGUUUAAGAAACGGGAGUCUAAUUCGAAGCCUAGCACCCCCAAUUUGGGAACUACUCAACCUCCUCCCGUUCCACCUCCCCCUGAGCCGACUACUCCAGGGCCUGAGGAGCCCUCGAAUGACAGUUGUACGACAUUAGUUCCAGCCAAGGAUAAUGGGAAUACGUCGUCGUGUGCCAUUGACCUGAAAGUGGUUUGGUUCAAUUUCGCCGCCCCGCCCAGGACUCCGAUAACGAAGAAGAUUGAUUAUACGAGAUUGGACUGGAACCUGCUGAGCACAGCGUCACCUGCUAUCAACGCUUGGAUGAAUCCAUGCAAUCGUCUUGGCAUCCGCGUCGUCAGUAUGUAUCGGGCACGCGCCAGACGCCUAGCAGCGACAGCCGCUAGCCUCAUGGCUUCAGCUCUUGACCGUGCUCCUAAUCAUACUUUACCCAAGAGUCGCUAUGGUCGUCACACGCCCAUGGCGAAGCAAUUGCGCGAAGAACCAUCCCUCCAAUUGUGCGCCGUGUUGUUGAGAUACGCCCUGCAGGCUGAUGCAGCCGCCGUACAAGCCGACCUGGCCGAGAGGCAUCUACCCUCGCUGUCUACAUUACGACAGGGAGUGAUAGUACUUACUCGGCAAUGGAAGAACAUUCUCUACACACCCUUGCUUCUGGAGCACAGCUACAAGAGCAAAGUCAUGAAGCCAGUUGCUGUGACGUUUGCUUUGCCAGAUUUAAUCGAGGACUCGGUAGAAGGUUGGCAAGAAUACCAGUUCGACAACGAAGGGCUUGAUGAGAACUGUCUGCUUCUCAACAUGGAGGCAGACAAAUUGACGUCUGCCUUACCGGCGUCGGUGCGGUCGGCAUGUCGCCCGCACUCCUACCCGUCUACGCCGCCGUCUGUGCGCGCGGCCCAAGCGAGUCGUGCGAGCCUUGUCUUCCCGUCUCUGCCUUUCUCGCGCAAGACGCCAUUCCAGGACGACGCCAUUGCCAAUUAUGGGACCUUAAAGGAAGAUCUCCCAACGGUAGGCUCCAACCCAUCCUUGUACUCUCAGGGCAGUCAGGACCAUAUAGCAGCUGACCGCGCGAGAGAGGACCUCUACCAGUGGAUGGCCAAACAGGAGCCUAUUAAAGUCGAACCCAAAAGUAAGAAACCAAUGAAGAUGAACCCUCGCGUGGUGGCGCAAUCCUUUCCGGCCUGCAGCCUGUAUCCUCUUCAGGGAUCUCUCAUGUUGCUGGAUGCCCAUUUGGUGUUCCAGCCAUUCUUGGCUGCCCUUGGAGUUUCGCCCCAUCAGGUCGCACAAGGAAAGGGUGAGGCGAAAGAAGGCAGUGGAGAUGGAAGUUCAGGUCUGGAUGCCCUGGGAUGCUCGGUGUCUUUAGCGGGAUGGCUCGACGCACUGCGUGUCCAUAUAGUAGUCAGCGAAUUGGGAAGACACAAGGGAAAAGCAUCCCAGACUCAAGGAGACCAAGCAUCGGAAAGUCCGGCGUUCCUCUGCGAGAAGAUAUCGGUGGAUGUUCUAGUCAAGAAAGUGGCAGAUGUCGCCGUGGAUGAGCUGGUCCAGAAACAGAACGUGGUCUAUAUUUCGAGAGGACAACUCAAGAAACAUAUCAGUACUAUGAUCAACUGUAACUUGAGUAUACGGUUCAUAUCGCAACAGGUUAAUAUGCCGUUACUCCGUCUUCUGCACCAAAUAAGCAAUAUGUACCAAAACGUAAAAGACACUCAUUCAGAACUACGUGCACGCACCGACCGACCCAGACCGCACAAGCGGCCUUCCGAAUACCGUGAGAAUUUGGUGAGUGUGACGUCGCUGGAUAAGGAUGUGUUUGUGGGUCUGGACCCUAAGUGGGAGCCCAACAGCUCUGACGUCACUUCCGAAAAGGGUUUGAGUCCCCCUCCGCGGCCGAGGCCGCAGUCCUUUGCCCAGAAGCUCAGGUCUACGGGGAAAAGUGUCAAAGGACGACUUGGCUACAGUUCCCUAAACGAAGGCGCCCAUACUCCUAUGUACAAUCCCGAGGUGGCACCAGAUGAGGCUCCCCCUACUCCCACAAUCCCGGAACCCACCAGCGUCAACUUAGCACCGCGCUGUUGGCGCACCCUGUAUCAGCUCCUGGAGUUGUACGCCAACAUGCCCGAUGCGGAUACCAUCACGCACAGGUUCUCAGUAUCAACGGAGUUGCCAGAGGCCUAUCGAGUCAAAGGCACGGGGCGUCCCAGCUCAAGGGAACAGAACAACAGCAACUCCUCUUCCACUGCAACGGGUUCUGGCAUCGUCGUCAUGGGGGCUGCUAGAAUACAUCGUACGCGUCUCCUAGCAUCGCUUUCCGGUCUGAAGUUGGAAGCGGAAAUUACGUCACUGCAAGGCUCGCUUUCCGCGUCCCGUGCUCGUCAAUGGGCCCUCGGCGGUAACUUGGGAAGGACGGCCAUUGUUCUACUCGAAGGUGUCGCUCCUAAUCAUCAGACAGUAGUACGAGUGAGUGUGGGAAAAUCUCAGGCGUUGUAUUCGUGGGAGGGAGGGCGCCUCGGGGCCACAGCCCUUGGCUCCAUUGGGGGAGUCCGAAUCGAUUUGCCCCAACAUCCCGUCGCCUUACACGGGGUCAUGACGAGAUCUAGUAGGCAGCUGUCGUCUACAUUACAGGAGCUAGGCGUUACGCGUACUUCGUCCCGCAUGUCCCGCGGAGGGGCCGGGCCAGGAGGGGCGGAUGGUUCUGAGGAAGAGGGCAGCCCACCCGCCGCACCACCACCUCCCCGAGUUCCACCAACAGCCGACACGCCCCUGCUGCAACCGCUGCAUCUGCAGUUCUCGGUAGUGCUGCAGAGUCUGAGUAUAACAGCGGCUCUAUUACCAUCGCUUCAAGCCCAGUAUAAGAUGGAGCGCGUCCACAGCUCGGGCGUGACUGCUGGCAAGGCGCACUUUACUGUGGAACUUCCACACCACUCGCUCAGCUUUGUGACUAAGCUCCAGGUGACAGAAGCAAAUAUCCCAGCUGCAGCAUCGGUGGCGCUUCCAGCGGUGUCCUGCCGUGCACGCGUACUCGACUGCGCUCCCAACGACGCACCCGGAGCGGAAUCUGGUGAGGAAGGAGCCGUCCUCAUGGCAGGGCGAUACUUGGCAGCGACAGCCGACAUCGGCCUCUUUGAGCACACCCUGUCUACUGAUCUUUUGAACCAUCUGGUCUUCGUGCAGAAAGUUUUUAUGAAGGAAGUAAACGAAGUAGUACAAAAAGUAUACGGGGGCGAAAAACCAGUUCCACUUUGGAAUGAGGAAGAAGCUUCAUCGUCAGCACUAAGCAGAAUCCUCUUCUCUUUGCUGAUUAGGAUUAAACGUAUCCAACUGACAGCGACCACGCCCAGCAACAGCGCGGUGCGUCUGGAGACGGGAGCAGUGGAACUGGAACUGUCGAACCGAGUCCAAAAUGUCACACAACCUGCGCAGUCGCACGGAUUGCGGCUCUUUGCGAGGGCACAGGUGGACAUAAAUCUGAGUUUGGGUCAACUGAUACGCAACGCAAUGUUCGAGGAGGCGGAAGCUGAGUUUCAGCAGUACGCUUUCUUCAACACGAGAAUAUCUAUGCGCAACGCAUUUCAAGAAGAAAUAGUCUGUGGAGAAGACAAAGAAGUCGUCUUGAUUCGCCUCAAACGCCCUCUCGUGUAUAUUCAGCCUAUAGCCGUGGAUCGGGCCAUACUUGUGUGGCUGAAUUACAAGAAUGCCUACGAAUACUGGAACGAGAAACGCAUGACGUUGAAUAAGGAAGUGCUGACUGCCACGCAACAGGUUUUCGAAAAGGUACAACUAACAUCGCAGAUCGGUACUCCUCACUUGAGCACACUGUUCUUACAAUUGAACGUGGAUGACAUCGGCAUAUGUCUGCCUCUCAACCAACCUCCAGUGUCUAAAUGGUGCGGAUGGGGUUGGGGCUGGGGUGCGAGCGAAGGCGGCGUGGGUGGAAUGGGGGGAGACGGAGAAAGGGGGGCCGUGGUUGUCACCCUCGAGAGCACGAGCAUUUCCGCGGUCAGCUCUGGAGCGUUGGUCAGUAAGGGCCGGUUUGUGGGGCUUUGCCUGCGAUUCGCGAGGGACUUCGAAGCGUCGCUCGAUGACUGGAAGCCGGAGCCCCAAGAGGCGUGCGUCAACGUUUGCUGCGUUUCCGAAGGCACCUACGAAGUUUGCAGUCGGACGGCGGCGGCGCGACAUAACGAAAACGCCAAGUGGUUCCUGAACGUGUCUUGGCAAAUGGAAGGAGUGGAUAUUCAUCUGGACACAAACGUUGGCAAGCAGUUGUCUGCAUUGGGACACACUCUGACUAUGCUUACUGGUUUUGAAGAGGAAGAUCCUUUAAAAAUGGACUACGAGAGUGAUUUAGACGAGGAAGCUGACAACAGUAAAGAUUCCCAGGAAAGCAUAGUCCUGCGACGCAAAUACACAGACCAUCUGCCCGCGUUCGUGUUCGACACAUCGAUAGACGCGAAGAAGCGUUCGAAGUUAAUCGAGAAGGAAAUGACGGAACAGGCGAAGAUAAUCAGCGAUUUACGGGCUUUGGGGGCCAGUCAUAGUACUGUGGAGUACGAACUGAGGAGACUACAGGACUUGGAGGCUUUGGUGUUCAAGGACUUUAGAAGGGAUAUGUUGCAAAAACUUCGACGGCAGAGUGUGAGAGCCAGUUCCAUAACGAAAGGAAAACUGGGGCUCGGCUCCAGUCGUCCCCCGCCUUUGCCGCCGCUACCACCUUUACCGUCAUUGCCACCUGAUGCUGAAAGUAUUGGUGAACCAGCUUCCGCCGGUAUAGUGAUGCCUUCCAACACAGUCGGCAAUCUUGCAGCGAUGGGCAGUCUGGGCAUGAGUAGUUUAGCCAGUGUGGGCAGCUUGGGCAGCGUGGGGGAUUCCGGAGAGACCUUGUUAUUGGUAGAAGAUGACACGCGCCUUGCCGAUAUCAUUGAAGGUGCUUCUUGGAGUUCCAUGGACAGUGAAACAUUGACAGGUCCAUCUCGUUGUGGCUCUCUCCGCGGUACUUCUGGUGGAAGAGCGGUCUCGUUUGGACAGAACAGACAGACAUGGCCUGAUCGUUUGGAUUUGCCGCCGAGGAAGAAUACAGAUACAAGUACGACAUCUGAAGGCGCGACUCAGUCGGAGAGCAAGCCCAGUAAGGCGAAAACGGCGGAACCCAACAUAGACUUUGAACUCGAUGUCAAAGUGCAUAUCAACAGUGGCAAGUGUGUGCUGCACACCAAAGAGCCCAUUAAGGAGGACGAUCUCAAGAGUGGUAGGUCACGCGUGGGUCGAUCGGCGUCCGGUGGAAUGGCAGCGGGUACGAGUGCCGGGUCGGGUCUGGAGGUGGGAGGCACCAGCAAUCCCUCGAUGGGAGCACCGGGAGGAUCUCCCAAUGCGAGGCGGAAGCCACGACUACCACCCCCACCAGAUGUCACCGUCUUCAGAGUGCCUGGGUUGCAGCUUAAGGUACAUUAUGAAUCCAAAACUCUACCAGAGGAAUCGGCGUCACCACAAUCAAUACCAAAUAUGCCUCCACCGAACGUAGUAGGAUCUCGAAAAAUGGGAACUAAGAAAGCAGCUCUCUUCGCCUGGAUUACUUUGCAAAGUAUCCCCGAAGAGACCAUCAUCAGCCCUCAUAUAUUGGAGUUCCUCGAACAGACACUGGAGCCGAUACCCACAAAGGCCUCGUUUUCUAUGCCGACACCAGAAGCAGAAAGUCGUUCAACGGGCUCCGGCGGUGAGGCGGGAGGUUCGUACGGCCAGUACGUAUACGCUUCGUUCCCGGUGGACGUGAUCGUUCACUUUCAUACGCGACCUGCUGCUUUCCGAUUCAGCUGCCUGCCCGCCUCUCGAGUCGAGUGCUUGCUGCAGUUGCCCAGUCUGCAGAUUGUCUUCAGCUCCAAGAGGGCCAGUGAUGAAGAAAUGGCUGAAGCGGCGAUAGCGAUGGGCGGUCUCAGUGUAACGGGCUGUUUGGCUGACUUCUCGGUCUACAUCUUCCAUCCAUACGGUGGCAAGAAAUCCAGCCUCAAGGAAGCCCAGUGGUCGCCCUUGGCUGACACGGAGCGGAAAGACUCCCUCAGCAUCAACGUGGAGUUUGUCAAGUUCCACCUCUCCAGAUUCCGGAAGCUAGAUUUCCAGACAGAUCAAGACCAAUCGAAAGCCACCGUUAGGUUUUCAACGAUCGUGGACGUGGGCUCGGCGUCAUUCAAGUACGACAUGCGUCGUUUGGGCGAGAUCCUGGCUUUCCCUCGGGCCUGGUACCGGCGCUCCAUCGUCCGGAGGCUGUUCCUCGGUGAUGUCAGUCUCGACUUGGACCAGCCGUCCACAAGCAACAAUUCGCCAGUGUCACCGGUUCUACCGCAACGCGAAAAGGCCAAACUAGAAACGCAACGAUCCAAAGAGAGCAAGCAAUGGGGAGCUGCAUGGGAGACCCUGGUUCUCUUCGCUGUGAACUUCACACGGCUCAACGUUCAUAUGAACAUGGGCAACGUUAUGGGGAAUGUCAGCUGGCAGUCCCGUUCGUUGGGUGCGUCCGGUCGUCUGAGUAUCGGGAGUACGCAUCAUCGCCACAUGGUAGUUCGCGUAUCUCUGGCCGGCUCCGCCCUCGACGCUCGAGGAGGAAUUGUGGGCGGCGCCAUUAGUUUGGCAGCGCUGCAUGCCCAUGUGCACGUGGAAGAAGAGCCGGGUAGCAACCCUGCGCACGUAUGCGGCGUGCGAUUAGCCGCGUUGGAGCUACGGCUGGAGUACAUGGGGACACCAGUGCUUCUCGCACGGCUUUCUCGGCCGAGGGCGGCGUUUAGAGACCAAUGGCUGGCCCAUAGACAUCGACCAGCUGCCAGUCGUCCAGCCAGCAUCCUCACUCACUGCACCUUGAGUUGGCACCAACUCCAGAUCUUGAUGAGCCGCAGCACGACGCCGGAUCUGCUGAAGAUGCAGCUCAAGUUGGAGGAGUUCUUCACACAGCAGUUCAAGUCCAGCAAACGAGUGUUUAGUUCCUUGCACCCGAGCUACGGCACUAUGAGACGAGACAGGAAAGAACCGACGACAAGUGCCGGUGAGGGUGCUUCCCCGCAGCAGGAGCUGAGGCAUCACAGGCAUUGGCAGAAGGUCUUCACCUACGUAACUGGUCUGCCGCUCAACGAGACCUCGACAUCCGGUCAGGGCUGCGUGAUCGGAGGCAGUAUCGAAUUGGUGGGUUCGAACAUAUCCUUGGCGUGUUUCCAUGGCAACAGCCUGAAAGCGAAGUCCUGGGCGCUCUUCAGUCUAAAGGACGUGUGCAUCACAUUCGCCACCGAAGCCCAACAUCUUCCAAACGAAAUUGGUGAACUCGAAGUCCAAGCAGUCCAGACCCUGACGGCGAGUCUGGGCGGUGCCAGCCCCGCGGUGAGCGGCGGACACCAGUCCCUGGCCACGGUGUGCCGCAUGUCGCGAACUGUGCUGUUCCCGCCGCAGUUCAAGACGCUGAAGGAGUGGUUCCACUAUGCCUUCGCUGAUAGUGAAAUCGAUGCAAUAGAACUUUUCCCGUCGCUGGAACGCGAGGGCGGUAUCGUGACAAGUGGCACGGGCAGCACGGGCAGCUCGGGAAGUACGAGCAACGGCGCGGGCAAGUCGGGCCACGUGCGGGAGGUGAUCUUCGCCCUGCCCGCGUUGCAACUGCAUCUGCGGACUAGCCAUCGGCAGCCGCAAGAAGUGCCUACUGAGAAUGAUCCAAAGCCGAUAGUCGAGUGCAGCUUUAUAACGGAAUUCGAGGAUCACAUCUUCGUAUCGGUGGAUGCUGAGGCCUUCCUCUUCUUGCACGAUCUCAUCUCUUCUUAUAUCAAGGAAAAAGAUCGCGUGAUGCCGGGAGGCCGCGCUUCACACAGCGACUCGACUCUGGUAAUCCCACCACUGGACUAUCGGGACUACCACUGCCUCACUUGGCACCUGGAACCCACCGUCAGAUUACUAUCGUGGGCGGGGAAAUCUAUCGAGCCCUACGGAGUCGAUUACAUCCUUCAAAAACUCGGCUUCAGCCAUGCCCGGUCUACGAUACCCAAAUGGUUACAGCGGGGUGCGUUAGACCCAUUGGACAAACUUCUUUCUUUGCUUCUACUAAGAUUGUUAGGGCAGCUAAAAUAAAGAGACGUAUUAGGUUAUGAAACGGACACAGAAAUGUGUCUAAUACCAUUCUGCCAUAUUUAUAUUUUACAGGUUUUUAAAUUUAUUCAAUUAUUAUCAGUGUGACAAUUUCUUAAAAUGUCUAACUAAAAUUAUGAAAAAAUGUCAUAUAUCGAUUUAAGUACGUUUUAAAUAUAUGAUUGAAAUUCUUUUAAAUCUUGACAUCACCAAGAGGAUAAUCAUUGCUGUAGCUGAAUUUGUUUUUUUAAUAAUUUGUAAAAUUAGGCAAUUUAAAACAUUUAAUGACAUUGCUAUUAAAGUUUAAAUCUAUUAGAUAAAUUUUAUCUAUAACCGAAAGUUAUACGAAAAAUGUUAUCUGUGGUUAAUAACUGUAUUUUAUCUUUAAUUUUGCCUAUGUAUGUAUGCAUGUUGGUCGGACCCAUAGUGAAUCUAGACUGAAGUUUUAUAUCUAAAAUAUACUCGGGUCGUUAAUAUUACUAGAUUAAAUUAAAUAAAAAUAUUAAUUUAAAUUUAGAUUUUUACGGGGUUAUUUUAAACAUAAAUAUUUUGUUCUUAAACUUAAAAAGAUAUUCAAAAUCAAGGACACAUUGAUUUGAUAAUUAUAUUGAUUUUCCUUAUUGAUUCACCUUGCUUGCUAGCCCUUGCUAGGUCGCCGGGAAUAUAGUUAAUAAAUAGUAAACAAAAAAUACCUAAUAUUAAACCAAAUUAAAUUUUAAAAUAACCCCGAAAGGAGACUAUACUUAAACGAAAAUUUCACUAGAAAAUUGCUAUUAAUAAAUAAAAACUAUAAACCCUUAUUAUACUAGCAAAAUGUAAACUAUUAUUUAUUAGUAGGCGUGGAAGUUAUUUUGUGAUAAAAAUAAUUUAAGUACUACAAUGUUAUUUCAAUUGGGAAACCGGUUUAUUCAUUCCAAUUAUUUUAAUAUGUCAAAUGUAGGAAUAGUAAAUAGAGAAGCUUUCGAAAUU